ACUAGUGUUGUCCACCUAUCUUGCCAUGUAAUAUUUUCUGGUCUCCCUCGCUUUUUCUCCUUUUUUUCCCAACUCUUUUGGCCACCAUGUUCCUCGUAUAAAAGGACCUGAAAUCUCUGAGCUUGUAGCAAACGAUAAUGGCUUAUCAAGCAGCCAUGAAAGGAGAGAAUUUGCGCAAAGGGCCUUGGCUCGAAGAGGAAGAUGAGCGGCUUACGAGCUUUGUCUCCCUUAUGGGGGAAAGGAGGUCUACAAAGGAGUGGUAAAAGCUGCAGAUUGCGGUGGCUCAACUAUCUUCGUCCCAAUCUUAAGCAUGGCAAUAUAUGCAUCGAAGAAGAGCGGAUUAUUCUUCAACUUCAAGAGCUAUGGGGUAACAAGUGGGCAAGGAUUGCUAGAAGGUUGCCGGGAAGAACAGAUAAUGAAAUCAAGAAUUACUGGAGGACUCAUUUAAGGAAGAAAGCACAGGCUCAACAAGGGAACUUUCAUUGCAGACUAAACAAUAUUAUUGCUGAACAAGAAUAUUUAUUCUUUCAAAAAGGUGAAAUGGGUGCCCUAAAAUAUAACUGUGGAAACAUUCAGGGAUCUGUAGAGGAGUUUUGCAGCACCAAAAACGAAAGCUUGGAUGGUGUGGGGUUAUCAAACCCUGGAUUGACUAGUUCUCCAUAUGAGACAAGAUUAAUAUCGGAUUGGAUCUGGGAGCUGUCAAAUGAUCAUCAAAGUGAAACAAAACAUCACGAGGGCUGUAAUAACGUGGAGACAUGUUUGUGUUCUCCGACAUGGAUUCCAGAUGAUAUCAUUAAUGUAUGGAACCAUUCAAGUUCCCUGUGGGAGAUGGAUUAAGCUGACAUUUACUGUCAUGAGAUGUGGAUGGAUGUAUGGAACAUUCAAAUUGUAAAACAUGAGUCAUGUGUUGGAUCAUGCAUUACCCAU